ACUGAGUUUUAUUGAUUGGUUCUUAGUGCCACACUACAGAAACCUUAGCUUGAAUGUCGAGCAUCUCAGAGGCACUAGGAAUGGUGAAGUGCAGAGCUUUCACACAAGGCUGGAGCUACAUCUGUCCUUUUUAUUUAAACCACUGGUAGAUCAUCAUUCUUAACAGAGCUUCAUGCUGACCUGACAUCAUUUCCAAGCGACUAUGGAAAGACCCCUUGAGAGUGAAACUGUUCUCUGUUCUCCCUACUUCACAUGCGUUGUUUUCAUCCUCCAGUGACUGGGAGAGAGCUACUGAUUUAGGAGUUUAUGACUCUAUCCUGAACACAUUUUCACCCAGUAGUGAGGGAGGGCUUAAUGCUCUUGCCUCAACAAGAGCCCUGCUCAUUCACUGACACUUUCUGUAACCCUCUCUUCUCCACCACCUCCAACAACCCCAUUCAUCCACCCAUGUUCUCCGAGGGCCACAAUCCUCCGUCAUCUGACUCUGAAAGUCCCACUCCUCCACCAGCAGUCUCUGAAAGUCUCACUCCUCCACCAGCAGUCUCUGAAAGUCUCACUCCUCCACUCAGAGAACCCACCCUUCAUAAACUCUGCUCCUUGACUGAAUGUUUUUAACUGUCUGAGAGUCCUGCUUCUCCACUAACAGCCCUGCUCCUUGACCUUCUCUUAGGCCCCGUUCCUCUGCUGCUGGUCACUGAAACACUCACAUCUUCCCCUGUGGUAUGCAAGAACCCUGCUUCUUCACAGAACAUCUGCAAAAGCCCUGUUCCUCAGCUUACUGUCUCCAGUAGCCACCGAUGGUAGUCCCACUCUUCUGCCAAUGUUUUUUGAACAACAAUCUUCCAGAGUCCUACUCAUCUGUUUGUCUCUGACAGCCUACACCCACCGGAUCCACUGCUGAGAACUCAUGGUUAAAGGGAUAAACAAAAGACAAGCAAGACAGAGAGAUUUACUGUAAUGCUCCUGGGUGGAUUCUGCUGCUGGACCAGCCUGCAAUUACACACACACACACACACACUCACACAUUACAGUCGAGCACAUUAGCAGUGCUGAGCACACCGAGCUGCAGAAGAACACAGCAGGUGGAAGAUAAUGAAAGAGUCUCUGCAGAUUGUUGCACUUUUUCUGGGUUUUCUCAGCGGUGUGACUGCGUUCAUUUCGUUACACCACCACACGUGGAAAGUGUCCACUGACUAUGGCAACGUUAUUAUCACCUCCAACAUCUUUGAGAACUUGUGGAUGUCCUGUGCUGAGGAUUCAACUGGCAUUUAUGACUGCUGGUACUUCUCAUCGUUACUGGCUUUACCAGGUUUUGUUCAAGCAUGUCGUGCACUUAUGAUCGCGUCCAUCGUGUUGGGGACGUUUGGUCUCAUCUUCACGCUGGUCGGCAUGCAGUGUUCCAAAAUUGGAGGAGAGAACUACAUAGUGAAGGGACGAAUCGCCAUCCUGGGAGGAGUGUUCUUCAUCCUGCAGGGUUUGAGUACGAUGAUCGCUGUGUCGUGGUACGCCUUCAACAUCACGCAGGAAUUCUUUGACCCGCUUUAUCCUGGAACAAAGUUUGAGAUAGGAGAGGGUUUGUAUAUCGGCUGGUGUUCAGCGACACUCGCCUUGAUUGGUGGCUGCUGCUUACUGUGUGUGUGUGGAAACGACAGCAAAGUGGAGAAAAUGUCGUAUCCAUACCAGUCUCAGCACAGAGGGACAGCGUAUACGACCUCAGUCAUGUCUCAGCAGCCCAAUAACUAUAGCCGAAAUGCCUAUGUGUAAGAGUUCACGAGGUCACCAUGGCAACAAUAAACAAUAAAUCCAGGCAGCGAUGUCCUGGACUUUACUGAAUCCAGAAGGACACUGUGAGGAAGCUGGAGGAACUCUGCGUGUGUGUGUCUGUGUGUGUGUUACUGCUGAAGACACUCAGCUGAAGUGCACAGUGGUGAACUGGGACGGAACCAGCAUAUUCUGUGUGUUAAAGUUCAGACACUUUAAACACCCACACGUUUAACUGUCCCGAGUGUGUGCUGUACGACACUCAACACCACUUUCACAUUAACUACUCAACACUAAAGUCCUAAACAUUAACACCACUUUAGCCUCCAGCAUUUUGUCUCAUGCUGCUCUGAUGAGAAAUUACACAUAAAAGUGAGGAAUAAGAGUGUGUGAUAAUUACCACUAAAACACUGUGACAUUUCUCAUUACAGGUGUGACUUUUAAUUCAUGUGUAUAAUGUUUUUAAUUAAAAUAAAUCAGCACUGCUUUAUU